AGUAUUUUUGGAUCGAAUCAUAAUUCAUAAAAUAUCUACAUAAUUCUCUAUUCAGUUUAGCAAGAUACAAAAGUAUUUAAUUUCAGCGAUGCGAAUCUUUCAUUAAUUCAUUUACUUAACUACAAUUUGUUUUCCCGUGGUAGUUAUAGCGUUGUAGUUACACCGAAUACAUUUUGUAUCGAAUUGCCAUCAUCAUAGCAAUUCUUUUGUGUUAAUUAUUUUUGAAUUUAUUAAAAAAGUGGAUAUACAUGUGUGACAAAUCAUCGCAACCAGUUUGAAUGUAUAGAAAAUUUCUAUUUUCUUGGAGAUGUGUGGAAAGCAAAUGAAAUAUUUGUAAGAUUAUUACUCAACGACUCAAACUUUUAACCAUGAGUCGGACAGAAUUGAAAGCAGCACUGAGUUCAACUGUAUAUUUAUUUUAUUUCUGUGUUUAAUAGUUUUAUGUGUGGGUAAAGACAAUUUGUGUGUUAAUAUAUAUGGUCAUGUUUUUAAAUUCACUUAAUUAUAAAGUUUUGUUGUGCUAACAUUGUCUUCAAUAAUUUAAACAAUUGUGGAAUCUCGCCACCUCGAUACGAUAGCACACGGGUGAAAAUCUUGCACUAUAUUUGUAUUUAACCAUGCAAAUGCAUCAAGAAGAUUCCGGAUUGAAGAAAAAUGGUUGUCUAAUGCCACCAACGGCAGCGGUAUCACCACCAUUGACCUCCAUAGCGUCUUCAUCUAUUGGCGUACAUUUAAGAGUGACUGGUCAUUGUAGCCAAGGUGGACGAAAGUACAUGGAAGAUUUUUUCUCCGUGGCCUAUCAUGAAUCUAAAAAUACCAAGGAUUUGGAGUAUGCUUUUGUUGGCAUUUAUGAUGGACAUGGUGGAAGUGAAGCGGCUGCAUUCGCAAAGGAACACUUGAUGAUGGAAAUUAUAAACCAAAAAUUAUUUUGGUCUGAUAGCGAUGAAGAUGUAUUGAGUGCUAUACGCGAAGGUUAUAAAGCUACACACUAUGCUAUGUGGAGAGAACAAGAAAAUUGGCCAAAGACACCAACUGGUUUGCCUAGUACAGCUGGAACGACUGCGACAGUAGCAUUUAUUCGCCAUGAAAAAAUCUAUAUUGGUCACGUUGGUGAUUCAGGAAUUGUACUUGGGUACCAAAAUUCAAAUGAAAGCUUUUGGCGUGCCAAACAAUUAACACUAGACCAUAAACCAGAAAACGCUCUUGAAAAAAUGCGGAUCAUGAAUUCUGGAGGAAAAGUUGUUGCCAAAAGUGGUGUUCCAAGAGUAGUAUGGAAUCGUCCUAGCAUUGGUCAUAAGGGGCCAGUCCGACGCAGUACACCAUUUGAUGAGAUUCCCUUCUUGGCUGUAGCGAGAAGUCUAGGAGACCUUUGGAGCUAUAACUCAGAACUAAAUGAGUUCAUAGUUAGUCCUGAUCCAGAUGUUAAAGUAAUUAAAGUCAACACCGAGUCUUUUAGGUGUUUAGUUUUUGGUACCGAUGGGCUAUGGAAUGUUGUAACUCCUGAACAAGCAGUAGAAACUGUCCGGGAAAAAGAAAUAACGAAUAAAAACAUCAGAAAUGUGCCAGUUGAUGGAACCACUCGAUAUAAUCCAAGUAGAAGUCUUGUAGAAAACGCUCUUAAGAAAUGGAGCUCAAAAAAAAUGCGUGCUGACAAUACUUCAGUCGUGACUGUAAUCUUUUACCCAACUGAAAAUUCAUCAACAAAAACAAACUCGCCUUAUAAUUUGACAAGCUCACAUGGAUUGCAAUAUAUGCAAAUGAAUAUAGAAGGAAACCCAAGUGAAGAUCAUUUACAAAACUCUUUUCAACCAAAUGCAGAUAACAAUAUGGAACAACAACUUUUAGAUACAGAUAUUCAUGAUCAAAUACAUCGCCACUCAGAUAAUGAAACAAUUGCUACGAAUACCAUUAUUCACAAGCAACAGCAUUCGUCAAGCCAGAAUAGAUACAAUCAAAUCUUUUUUGGUUUCGAAAACAUCGCUUCUUGCAAUAACUAUCAUCAAAUAAAUAGUGGUGAUAACGAAUACUUGUAUUAUGAUGAUCAAGUAAGCAACAACUUCAUAAACAGUUUUGUAGAAUCUUACAAUUCUUUGUUGACGACCAACAAAGAGCGACAGAACACUAACCGUUUUAGUGCUAAUAGUGUAACGAUUAGUGGUGAGAGCAACGAAAUUGAUCCAUGUAAAUACGACAGCUACAACAGUCUUUUUCAUACCGGUUUAGCUGGGCAUGAUAGAGUACAUCACCACCUCCCGAAUAAUGAUUUUCAAUUAGAACAGCAAAUGUACCAAGAGCAAUGCAUGUCGGCGGAAGAGGGCUAUUGUUUAACCAAACUGGAAACUCGUGUUGAACAACAACUUCGAGGAACUAUUAAUAAACAAACAACCGCAAACUCAUUUGAAAUUUUUCUCGGUGGACGAACGGACAAGUUAGCAGAAGAAAGUUACAAUCAAUAUAAUUACGGAUCAAAUAAUUUCCCAAAAGUCUUCAACUGCAGUGACACUUUGACUUCGCACUUAUUGAGCAGCAACAAAGAUGAUACACGAUGUUACAAACCUACCGGAUCUGAGAAAUCACCAUAUUUAUGGCCGGAUAAUGUCAUUAAAACGACUUCUUUGUAUUUCGGGAGAUUAAAUGAUAUUGAUUUAGAGAAACGCAGUUCCAUUGAUAAAUUUUUCAGUGCCAACAGAAUGAAUAAGACGGAGAUAGAAAAAUUAAUUAGCGAUGGUAUUGAAAACCAAAAUGCCGAUGAAACAAUUCAGAUUCAUGGAAUAUCAUCUAGUCUUGUUGAAAUGACUACUCCUUCUUCAGACCCACUAUCUUAUUGCAAAACUCAUAUAGCAAAAACUACGUCUGACCAAAUUCCUGCCAUAUCUCAUAAAAAUUCUGUUGGCUCAACACAUUCGAUAAAGGGCUCUCUUUCCAAGCUGGCUCUCUAUGCAAAUGUGCCAAACGAGAACCAUCAAACACCUGUUCGUUCGCCUAUGCAUCAAUAUCCAAAAACAUUUGAAAAGAGAAUGCUUCGCAGUAUGACUGAUUACAGCAAACGAACUCUCCGUUCUCGGAAUAAUCUUUUCAAAGACUUAAAAUCUAAAAAUACCCAAAGCACAAAUUCUCGAAAGUUAAAUGGUGUGCAUAAUAAAUGUAUGAAAUCAACUUCACCUUCAAACGUGGAGAACUCAUCGUCUGUGAUCAGUAAAAAAUGUUUGACGCCUAGAUCAAGAGAUAUUAAAACAAAGUCUGCAAUUUUUUCAGAACCUGAUGUUAUGUCUGUACCUCAAAAUUCCAAUGAAAUGCAUCAACGUAAAUCAAAGUUGCGAUCGUUCUGUAACACCGUUGCGUCUCCGAAUCAAUCGCUAACUGCGACAAACAGAAACGAUUGUAAUUCGUCUACAAAACUUCACCGAAAAUAUAUUGGCUUGAGAAGCAGAUUAUCUACUAUUUCGCAUCAACAACCUUCUAUUUCAUUUGCGAAAAGAUAUAGUAUAAAAAACAGUGGAUGGGGAUCAGGAAAGACACCCAUGCAAACUAGAAACCAUGUUCAGAAGCGAAUGAGUCGAUAAAAACAGUUUCUUAAAAAUCUUAGUUUUAUCUAGUAAUUUUUAUUAUUAAGAACCAUAAAAGAAUUAUGGCGCUGAAUAAAAAAUGUUCAGCAAUUUUUUUGUAAUAUUGAGUUGCUGUCUCAAAAUGUUUGUUUAAAAUGAAACUAAGAAUAAGAAUCACAUCAGUACAAAAUAAGAUUUAAGAAUUUCUGCCCUCCGCUAUUUUCAAAUAAUUAAAAAUAUCUUAUUUUUCAAUAAAGAAAAUAAAAUAGAAUGAACAUACAGGAAAACUAUUUGUUUAUGUUAUAAUGGAUGGAGAAACCGCAUUAAAAGUGUUGUUUUAAUAAUUUUAACAAAAAGAAUAGUAUUCUUAAUUUUUACUGUUUUUUUUUUAUUAAUAUUUAAGUAUUUAUAUAUAAUUAUUAUGGUGCUUCUUUUUUGCGACUACUGUUUUUUAUUGUUUCCAUGCUGAUUUUUUUUAAUUUCAAUAAUAAUUUCAGACUUUUAUAUUAAUAUUUUGCACUCGCCUACGUCGCGUCGUUUUAUAUUUCCCAUUUACAAUUGACCUAAAUUUGUAUGAUUGAUAUUUUUUAAGAUAUUAGUCGUUUAUCUUUAAGUUGCUAACUUUACGUUUUUUUCUUUCUUUAGUUCAUGUCAAUUACUGGAUAUUAGCAGAAAAUAAAAGAAAAGUUAUGGACAAACCGUAAAAAACCCUGAUCUAUAGACAUUUAAGAUAAAUGUUUCAUACUUACUUGCAUUUAUAAAUAUUAUUAUCAUGGGCUGAAUUUUUUAGAAAAUUAAUUGUUCGACAUUUUCGCAUAGUGGCAAAAAACCCCAAUUAUUAAAAUCGAUGUACAUACAUACAAUAUCUAUAUCUAUUUACAUGUAUGUAUUACAUACAUAUAUAUUAUUAAUAGAUUUAUACAUAAAUGUGCAAAUCAUCCAUAUAUGUACGUAGUGUUACCUAAAAAGUAUUUCUUAUUUUCUUGUAAAAUCGACGUUCUAAAUAAAAUGUAAAUCCAUUAAUUAAGAAUCAAUAAAGUAAGAAUAACAGAAAGUA